UUGUCUACAGGGUGGUGCCAAUGAUGGCUGGCUGGUAAACUAAGGAAGAGAGGUCUUGAGGCGCGGAUCUAAAGCCGACCUUACACCAUGACGAAAAGGUUUGAGUUCAACUGGCAGAUCCCAGUCCCGGAACCAUUACUGCAGGGUGCUGUUUUCGACCGAUGGACUGAAGAAAAGGACAACACCGAGCUUGAACAGAACUGCACCUUCAAAGUAGAUGAAUAUGGAUUUUUCAUCUAUUGGAAAAGUGACGGGAGGGACGGGGACGUGAUCGAAUUGUGCCAAGUCAGUGACGUGAGGUCUGGAGGAGUGCCAAAGGAUUCAAAGCUAAGCUUCAACCUCCUGAACAAACAUGGCGACAGCCUGGAGGACAAGUCGCUGACCAUCUGCAGCGGCACCGACUACAUCAACAUCAACUACCAACACGUGGUCUGCCCAGACGCAGCCACGGCGAAGGUAUGGUUGGAAGGCCUGAGGCGGAUUACCCACAAUGUAAAAGCCAACAACUUCUGUCCAAUGACCUGCCUGAAGAAGCAUUGGAUGCGUCUCUGCUUCCUCACUGACCCUCGAGGGAAGGUGCCAGUAAAAGUGGUGGCUCGGACCUUCGCCUCAGGCAAGACGGAGAAGCUGGUCUACCAGUGCCUGUCUGAGCUCGGACUACCAGCAGGGAAGAACGAAGCGAUGGAGAAGGAAGCGUUCACGUUUGACAAGUUCUACGCUUUAUACCACAAGAUCUGCCCGAGGAACGACAUUGAAGAAUUGUUUCGAUCUAUCACACAAGGCAAAUCGGACCGCAUAAACCUGGACCAGUUCGUGAACUUCAUGAAUGAGAAGCAGCGGGACCCUCGACUCAACGAGAUCCUGUACCCUCUGUACGACGAAAAGAGAGCGGCCGAGAUCAUCACCACGUACGAACAGAAUGAGGAGGCUAAGAACGACAAAUGCCUCACCAAAGACGGUCUGAUCCGCUACCUCAUGUCAGACGAGAAUGCGCCGGUGUUCUUGGACAGGCUGGACAACUAUAUGGACAUGGACCAACCAUUGGCCCACUACUACAUCAAUUCCUCCCACAACACGUAUCUGUCGGGCAGGCAGUUUGGAGGCAAGAGCUCAGUGGAGAUGUACAGACAAGUUCUGCUGGCUGGGUGCAGGUGCGUCGAACUCGACUGCUGGGACGGCAAAGGUGAAGAUGAAGAGCCGAUCAUCACCCACGGCAUGGCCAUGUGCACAGACAUCCUGUUCAAAGACGUCAUCUAUGCGCUGAGAGACACCGCGUUCGUGACGUCAGACUACCCCGUCAUCCUGUCGUUCGAGAACCACUGCUGCAAGGCACAGCAAUACAAACUGGCAAAGUACUGCGAUGAGAUCCUGGGCGAUUUGCUGCUGAAGGAAGCGCUGCCUGAUCAUCCGCUGGAACCAGGAGUGCCGCUACCACCACCUUCCUCGCUGAAGCGAAAGAUCCUCAUCAAGAACAAACGGCUUAAGCCGGAGGUUGAGAAGCAGGAGUUGGAGCUGUUCCGACAGGGACAGUUCGUCAUCGAGGAUGAAGAGAAGGAAGACGCGUCUGCUGUAGCCAUUCCAGAUAAAAAGCCCGAAGAAAUAGUAGCAGAAGCAGCGACCGCGGGCGACGACGCGCCGCCGCCAGUCGCCUACACCGGCUCCACCACCAACGUGCACCCCUGGCUGUCUUCCAUGGUCAACUACGCGCAGCCCAUCAAGUUCCAGGGCUUCGAGGAGGCGGAGAAAAAGAACAUCUACCACAACAUGUCCUCGUUCGCCGAGACCACCGGCAUGAACUACCUCAAGCAGCAAGCCAUCGACUUCGUCAAUUAUAACAAGAGGCAGAUGUCCCGGAUCUACCCCAAGGGAACGCGCGCCGACUCAUCAAAUUACAUGCCUCAGGUGUUCUGGAACGCCGGCUGCCAGAUGGUGUCCUUGAACUUCCAAACAUCCGACCUGCCCAUGCAGCUAAACCAGGGCAAGUUCGAGUACAACGGGAACUGCGGGUACUUGCUCAAGCCGGAUUUCAUGCGGCGCGCGGAUCGGUCUUUUGACCCUUUCGCUGAUGCGCCCGUGGACGGCGUAAUUGCUGCUCAGUGUUCUGUACAGGUCAUAGCAGGACAGUUCUUGUCGGACAAGAAGAUCGGCACGUACGUAGAGGUGGACAUGUACGGGCUGCCCACCGACACCAUCCGCAAGGAGUUCCGUACGCGCAUGGUGCCCGCCAACGGACUCAACCCUGUCUAUAAUGAAGAACCCUUCUUGUUCAGAAAGGUCGUACUCCCGGACCUGGCCGUGCUCCGUUUCGGGGUAUACGACGAGAACGGCAAACUUCUCGGGCAGCGGAUCUUGCCCCUGGACGGUUUACAGGCCGGCUACCGUCACAUCUCGCUCAGGACUGAAGCCAACUUCCCCAUGUCACUGCCUAUGCUGUUCUGCAACAUCGAGCUGAAGAUCUACGUCCCUGAUGGCUUUGAAGACUUCAUGGCUGCGCUGUCGGAUCCUCGCGCUUUCAUGGGGGCAGCCAAGGAGAGAACUGACAACAUGAAGCAGAUGGGAAUCGAGGAGAGCGGGCCCGAGAAGAAGGUGCAGAUUGAAGAGAAGAAGGAAGAGCCCCCCCUGGUGUUCGAACCCAUCACAGUGGAGUCUCUCCGCCAAGAGAAGGGCUUCAUCAAGACCGGCCGCAAGCAGCAGAAGGAAUUGGAAGCCAUGCGCAAGCGCCACACCAAAGAAAAGAUGGCGCUGCAGAAGCAGCAGUGCGCCGCGCUCGAGAAAAUGAUCAAGGGGAAGAACAAGGACCAGCUAAGCAACGACCCGACAUUCCGGAAGCUGGUCAACGAGCAGUCCACAGCAUGGAGCGAGCUGGUCGCAAAGCACCGAGUGGAGGAGUGGACCAGUGCCAGGAGCCGUCUGAAUGAACAGAGGGAUCUGCUGAAGAAGAUGAUGGAGACCACGCAGCUGGCCCAGAUGAAGCAGCUAGAGGGGAAGCAUGAAAGGGAGCUGAAAGACAUGAACGCCCGUCAGGCCAAGAUCAGCAUGGAGACGAGCAAGGAGGUGGCCAACGACAAGACCCUCAAAACUAAGCAAGAGAAGGACCGCCGUCUCAGGGAGAAAAAGCAGAACAACACCAAGAAGUUCAUGGACGAACGCAAGACUCAAACCAUCAAGCAGAACCGAGAGAAGGAAAAGCUGAAGGUGACCCAUGACAAACAGAUGGAGGAGUUGUCCAAGGAUAUUGACAACCUCAUCGAAAUGUACAAGAUGGAGGAGUCCGAGUUCGACAUGGCAAGUAAAACGGAGUUCUUUGCAUGAAAGUAUCCGGACAUAGCUCCGUUACUGGAGCAAAUGACUUGAGAAGUGAGUGCUAAGUGAUCUCUUCGACUAGGCUAAGGACAUCUCCCACUUUCGUACCAUAGACACCAAAAGUUCCUUAUCUUAUAACUGCAGGCGGAAACCAAAUAAAGGUCAUAGUACACUUAUCGACUAGGAAAGGGGUUAACAACGCCUUUCGCCGCGCGGUCAACCGCGAGGCAAGGCAUUUACGAUACGGUACAGAUAAAUGUGCGUUGCAGUACGGAGUAGUUUCAUACAAACGCCUCGAGCUGAUACGGUUAUGAUCCGUAUCUGGGUUGAUAAGUGUGCUUCGUCCUUGAGUCUUCAAAAGUUGUCAGCAUGCCAAAUUAUUAAUUCCAAAGUGUAUCGAUUGAAAACGUUCAAGUUCAGUUCUUGAUAUUAUGGUUUAUCAAUUCAUAUAUUUCGAGACGUUAUGGUAGAUUUAAUUAGCAUGCAAAUGCAAAAGGUGUUACUGUACUGUUAGCACCAUAAGUUAAGAAACUGCUGACUUAUCUCUCAAGAACUAACAUAGUCAAAAGUUUCGAAUGUAUGUCGUAUCGCCUUAUUUCCUUUAUAUUGUAACUGACUACAUUAGUUUUAAGACUGUUAGGUACGUAAGAGCUAGAGGAAAUUAGUACAUUCAUACCUA